ACCUCUUUUCUCUUUGUAGGUCAUGAAUUUCGUUCAGGAUAUUCAAAAGCAGUGCAAGGACCUUCAUGUAUCCCAUAAAUGCUAUGGAGUUGGCGGUGCCCAGGCCUCCAGCACUACUGACAGAAUUCCUUCACAGUCUAAAAGUGGUUUCUAUGGAAUUGCCUCCCAAAUGAAGCUUUUGGUAGACACUCCAGAGAAGGUUUGGAGUGCAUUGGAGAAAAAACAGUACCUAAAAGCAGCUCAGUUGUAUCUUUUCUCUCGUCACAUUGUCAGCCUCCUUCAUAUUGAUACUGGAGAUUCCUCUGCACCUAAAUUACUGUCUUCAUUCCCAAUCUUGCCAAAACAAUGGGCAGCAAUCAGUCACUUCAAGGACUCCAUACUUCAGGGAAGCCAUGGUUUGUUAAAGGAUGCUGCUCAAACUGAGGAGAUGCUUGCAGAGUCAUUGUGUGCAAUCCUUCUUUUAGAGGAGAGCUCACCUCGUCAAGUCUUAAGUGAGUUUAUCUUGGCAAGAAAAGCAACAUUACAAGAAAUCUUUCAUCCGUAUCAACAUGCCACCAGCAUCAAGUCCCAGGUUUGUGAAGUUGUUCAAGUGAUUAAAAGAAGUCUUUACCAAAUCCACACCCUGUUCUGUGGUGAUGAAGAAGAUGAACAAAAGGAAUUAAAAGAUAAUCCAGCUCUUGUUUUCAAAACCCUUGCAAACGUAAUGAAAAGAGACUCUUCCCCAAACAGUGAUGAGGAAGCCUUGGAGGCAUUAUUUGGUCCAGACUUUGACUUAGUAACCAGUGCAAGAUUCCUUCCCAAGAGUGUAUUAGGAUACAGACCACAUGUGAGAGUGUUUCCAUCCUUAAUAUCCAAAAAGAAUAUUCAACAAAACUGUGCCGAAUGGAUUUCAAUGUGUAUCAAGGAUGUAACAGCUGCAGUGAGUAAUCUCCUGAAAUACGUGGGCAGUCUCAAAGGCCUGGCCUCUUUACGAGAUGCAGUGUGGGACCUACUGAAGCAGACCAGCACUGCCUCAGGAGACUGCACCCUUGCCUGGUCAACUCUUUGUAAUAAUGUAUUAGGACGUGAUUUAUCCAUAUGGAACGAGUUUCUUCAAAGACCAUUCCUCUCUAGAGCUCAGGAUAUUUUGCGAAGUCUAUUCGAUGCCACUAUGUCAUCAUGUAAGAACAUGAUUACCAACACACUAGAUGAGAUUUCUUAUCAUAACGCCACUAACACUGACCUCAACGUACUCUGGGAAAGGGACAUAGCCAUGUAUGUUUGGCAGGAGUGUCCAAGUGAUGUCCCUAGAACAUUUUGGCGGGGAACACAGAUAAACACUGCUGCAAAUAACGAACAAGAAAGUGGACUUGCCCUGAAGGCACGAGUCUGCACUCCUGCUGUACAAAGAUUAUGUAAAGCAGUGGAUGAGAAGUUAGCGGCAAUUCUUGAAGACGCUCAACACUUCAUAUCAGAUGCGCAAAAAGCCCAAGGUUCCGACUUGACCAAGAGAACUUCAGUUAGUAAAGCGUUCGAGUUGUCGUUGCUUAACAAAAACAAGACAUCUGACGAAACAGAACCAUUCGAUCGCUUUGGCACCGCAAGUGAAAUCCAGUCUUUUCUCCGUGAAACUUGCUUUUCUGCUUUUAGCCAGUUAUUGCAAUCUAUUGAUGACAUCGUAACCAGUCUUGCAAACAAAUUGAAGUUAGAAUCAGAGGAAGUGUUUACGAUGAGAUCCGAAUCAUUGUUUGACACAGUGUGUAUUGACAGAGUUCUGUUCCUUGGUCGACUGUGUCACUCUUUCACUGAACAGUGCGGUAAUCUUAAACUGGUCAUGGAGGGACAAGAAACAGAGACAAAAGGUCGAGCAACUCUUAGAAAGUCUUCCAGCUCAUUAAAGAAAAAGCAGGGAGAACCAGGCAAAGGCGGUAAGAUGGCAGAAUUGGCCAGUUUUCUUAGACAGAGGUACCUUACUACAUACAGGUUAUGGAAAGAUUGGAUAUCAGUGCUCUUUUUGUCCUCUUUGGAAGCGACGUUGAUUCACGGCGACAAAAGCUCAUUUUUGCUGACCAUAACCAACUGGGAAUCAAUCAAAAUUGAAGAAGAAACAGAAGAGGGGAAGAAGAUAGAGUCCAUUAUAAAAGUUCCAUCCCAGGUGUCUUCUCAUCUUAUGUCUUUGCUGUUCAAUCUAUGCCAAGAGCUCAACAGAACAGGGGCGCACGCUCUGCAAAGGACAUUACUUAAAGAGCUGGUGAGUAACCUGGCACAUGGGGUUCUGUCAACACACGAGAAAUUAGUCAAGGAGCACAAAUCGAGUUUGACUCAAAACCACGCCCUACAGAUACUGUUUGACCUUAGAUUCGUAUCAACAAUCCUCAUGGGCCGGGUCGAAGAUGAUGAUUCGGAGUUUUCAAGGCGGCUGGAACAUGUGAUAGACGCGUUAGAAAGCUGCGUCGAUCCGUUUGAUCUAGAUGUGUUUUCUCCUCACGUGACAACAAACGUGAACAGACAGCUGCAAAAAUGCGGGGUUUUAUUCGGCGUCUUAUCCAGUCUUGACAAGCACUUUUCUCAUUCCUUUGGAGUUACACAACGGCCUUCCCCAGGCUCCCACGACCAACACAAAGUUAUGCCGUUAGCACCCAAUCCACCUCGAUUCAACUUAUUGCCACUCAGUUCCUAUUCAGGCGCGGGGCCUGCGUACCAAACUGGAGAUCACUGUGACAGCCACCAAAAGGAUUCCUUGAAGCAACAAGAAGAUGCAAAGCAGGUGGUGACCCGCACAGCGUUAUUUAAGCAUUAUCAGUUUUUUAACUCAGGCCUAGGUUAUGUGAAGGGCUGAAAACGAGACGGUUGAUGAUACUUUUGGAAAUUUGACUAUUACGUAACAGAUGUGGAUUCUUGCUUACGAGAUGAACAAUUUUUUCGAAGAAUUUAAGGUAUAAGGAAUUAACGAUUGAUAAUUGCCCACUAUUUAAAAAAAAUGUAUAGAAUCUUCGGAGAUGUAGCUUUGGUGGUGAAAGGAAGAAUUCGGGGUUAAGGACGGACUGAUAAUGUCGGUGAUGUAAACACCUUGGUCUGUUCCUCGUAGGGAGAACUGAACACGGCAAAAUGAUCAAACAUCAUGCUUAGUUAUUAAAAAAUAUUCUGUCCCGGGAAAGUAAAUUAUCAGGAGAAGUCAUUAUAUGUAAAAACUGUGGAUGUCAUAUAGAAAUAUCAACAUGUAGAGUAUCUUCGCCAUCGCCCCUUCUUUUUCAAAUGAAGCGCAUGUAGCCUUGGAUCUUUAAAAACCCCCGAGAGAGAAAUAUUAGCUGGAUUUAAACAUAUAAAAGGUGUUUGAUAUGCAAGAUUCACUUAUCGUAGUUCCUAUUUAGUUCGUCAGGUUCAAGCAACGUUUACUACAAAUGUAGGACACCAAUUUUCAAUUAAACGGAGCCCAAGUUUGCCAAACGUUUCCUUGCAAAAUGAAAUCCGAGGCUAGCCAUCGCUCCGACGAAGGGCUAACGCUCGAAACGUCAGCUUUUGUAAUCAUUACGGUGGCAAAUUUACCAUUUCAACU